CACGUCGCGGGUGACCUCACCUUUCAACAUGGCGGCGGCGGUAGAUUAGGGCCGCGGGUCGAAGCAGCCACCGCCGCUGGGGCACCCCGUUGGAAACAGCUGCCGCCGCCGCCGCCUAUUUCAUCUCCUCUGGGGCAGGGGCCAGGGCCAGGUUUUACACAUCUGUAAGUAGACCUUUUGGAGCUCUGCCAGCCAACUCAAUGGCGUCCUCUACUACUGUGCCUCUAGGAUUUCACUAUGAGACCAGGCAUGUUGUUCUCCGUUACCUGGGACUCCUCUCUCGGGAGAAGCUGCAAGGGCGACAGCCUUCCUCACCCCAAGGAGUUCGACAAGAUGUAGUUUCACAAUCUCUGGAUCAAGAAGUUUUAUUAAAAGUUAAAACUGAAAUUGAAGAAGAACUAAAAUAUCUGGACAAAGAAAUUUCUGAAGCCUUCACCAGCACAGGCUUUGAUCGUCACACUUCUCCUGUGUUCAACCCUGCUAAUCCAGAAAGCUCAGUAGAAGAUUGCUUGGCUCAUCUUGGAGAAAAGGUGUCACAGGAACUGAAAGAGCCUCUACAUAAGGCAUUGCAGAUGCUCCUCAGCCAGCCAGUGACAUAUCAGGCAUAUCGGGAAUGUACACUGGAGACCACAGUUCAUGCCAGCGGCUGGAACAAGAUUUUGGUGCCUCUGAUUUUGCUACGGCAAAUGCUUUUGGAGUUGACGAGACGCGGCCAAGAAUCUUUGAGUGUGCUGUUGCAGUUUGGUGUGACCUAUCUGGAGGACUGUGCAGCGGAGUACAUCAUUCAGCAAGGUGGCUGGGGCACUGUCUUUAAUCUUGAGGCAGAGGAAGAAGAGUACCCUGGAGUUGCUGCAGAAGAUAGCAAUGACAUUUAUAUCCUGCCCAGUGACAACUCCGGACAAGUCAGCCCUCCAGAGUCCCCAACCGUGACCACUUCGUGGCAGUCGGAGAGCUUGCCGGUUUCGCUGUCAGCCAGCCAGAGCUGGCACACAGAAAGCCUACCAGUGUCCCUAGGUCCCGAGUCCUGGCAGCAGAUCGCAAUGGAUCCGGAAGAGGUCAAAAGCUUAGAUAGCAACGGGGCUGGCGAAAAGAGCGAGAACAACUCGUCCAAUUCUGACAUCGUGCACGUGGAGAAAGAGGAAGUCCCAGAGGGCGUGGAAGAGGCGGCCGCCGCGCCUGGGGUCUCCCCAGCGGGGCAGCUGCAGGAGCCGCUCCCCGGAGGCCCCGUGCCCUUGCUUCUGCGCGCCCCUGCCGCAGCCUUGCUGGAGGCAAAGGAACCCGACCUGGAAGUAAUGGCAGCUGAGGAAGCCGGCCCUGCUCCGCCUGGGCCCCCGGAGCUCGGUGACGACAAGACCUCGGUGGUGGAGCUGAGAGCCGCGAGUGAGCCUGCUGGGGGGGAGCACCCAGCUGGAGAGGGGCGGGCCGUCGCCCUGUCCGAGGGUAGGGCCAUACUGCUGCUUGGGGGUGCUGCCGCACUCGCCCUCCUGGCAGUGGCUGUUGGGGUAGUGCUGGCUCUAAGGAAGAAGUAGCAGGGUUUUCCAAAGAGGAAGAAGACAGAAAGGACGGGAGGUGUCAGCUGGAUGGACUGAAUUUGAACUGCCUGCAUCUGGACAUUUGCGGAGCCCUGGGUAACCGGCUGCUGCUGCUCGCCAAGGCAGUGGGUUUGGCCCACACGUUAGGGCGUUGAGGUGGGGGGUGUUCACGUUUGUCUGGUUCUAAGUUCUGAGGGCCUGGGCUUACGCUAGAUUCAGAAUCUCGAGAGUAAAGUACCCCUCCCAACAAAACAGGGUUUCUCCGCCUCGGCGCCUGACUUCUUGACGCUCCUGGGCGGUGGGGGCUGUCUGUGCGCUGCACAGUGUGUGGCAGCGCCCACGGCCCCUACCAAGUGCCAGCGGCAGCCUCUCCCUCGGUUGUGACGACCGAGACUAUCUCCCAGCGCUGCCAGAUGUCUCUUGGGGGCGAUCGUCACGUUGAGAUCCACAGCUUUGUGGGGAGAGGGUUAAUUUGGGAGAAUCUGGGAUACAAAGUCCCAGGCAGGAGGGUUUAGCUGUGGGCUCUUUAGCUACCGAUGUGUCUUGCCCUUGGAGUCUUUCAUCUUUCCGAUGAACAUGCUGUUUUGGCUCUUGUCUUCCGCACCUUCUCAGGCCUGUAGCACGAGGGUGCCCACCGCUGUGCCCCAGCUGCCUCAGGUACCGCCCCGUUCCUCCCCAACCCGCGUGCCUCCCAGAGUCCGGGAGAGCGCCUGCUGUGCACCGGCAAGUCCCCGAUGUGCCCCGCAGCCCCCCUUGUAAAGAUGCCGCCUUUAGUCCUCUUUAAAAAAUCACUACAAAAUAAGAGAGACCCAGAGUCCCCUGCCUGGGGGUGCGAGGGCAAGCAGCUGGUCCGGCUAGAGGUCUGUGUCGUUCAGAAGCAGGCGGCAUAGAGGACCCCUGGGGCCCCUGCCGAGCCUCCGGGUGCGGCCUUCCUGUGGGCUGUGGCGCCGCCGGGGCCCAGUGCCUGCCAGGCCUGCUGCGGCUGUCCCGCAUCUGGCCCGUCUUGCUGGUCAACCAUAUCCUCUGUGGUCUUUUGCCAUGUGGUAAGGAUUUUCACACUUGGGCUUCCAGACGAGUUGAAUCAUAACUCUGAUUAAAUACAGAAAGUCUCCUAAAUAUCACUGCAACAUAAACUGGGAAAACAGUUUGAAUUCUUGAGGCUGCCCUUGAAAUCCAGUGUGGCUUUCAGAUCUGCGAGUGCAGGCUUGCUUUCUAAACCCUUCACAGCCCAAACCCUAAGCACCCUGACCUGUAUUUGCUGGAGAACCAGCAUGAUUUCCUUUCCCCUCGCUGAGCCUGUCCUUAAGUGGGUGGGACUGUGUCUUUUCCUGCCUGAGGGUCACAGUAUCAUGACGUAGGACACAGCAUGCUUGGUAUAGGUCACCCCAGAUUUAACUUAGAAACAUAAAUUACUUUUUAGAUCCUGAAAUUUGUAAAAGAAUUACUUUGUCUAUCCUUAUCAUCAAAAUGAUAUUUUGAAUGUGCUUUUAAAAAUUUAUUUCUUGAAAUUAAAUCUCCCAGAUGCAACAUACUGUUUAAAAGUUG